AAUUCCCCCGAUUUCGAAAGUGAUUUUUUUAGGUUAUGUGUAUCAUGAAAGCUGCAUAAAAAAUAAAGUUUUUGGCUUUGGAAAUCAUGUCCAAUAAACGCAAACCCGAUUCCCAAGUCCCAGCCGAAGAAAGCGACCUUUUGACCAUUAGGCCACUGGGUGCCGGUCAGGAAGUGGGACGGUCUUGCAUAAUGCUUGAAUUUAAAGGGAAAAAAAUUAUGCUUGAUUGUGGAAUCCAUCCUGGGCUCUCAGGCAUGGAUGCGUUGCCUUUCGUUGAUUUAAUUGAAGCCGACGAAAUCGAUUUGUUGCUAAUAUCACAUUUUCACCUGGACCAUUGUGGGGCUUUGCCCUGGUUUUUGCAAAAAACGAGUUUCAAGGGUCGCUGCUUUAUGACCCACGCCACCAAGGCGAUUUAUCGGUGGUUAUUGUCAGAUUAUGUGAAAGUCAGCAACAUUGCAACCGAACAGAUGCUCUACACUGAGGCGGACUUGGAGGCUAGUAUGGACAAAAUCGAGACAAUAAAUUUCCACGAAGAGAAAGACGUUUUGGGGAUCAAAUUCUGGGCUUACAAUGCGGGACAUGUCUUGGGCGCCGCUAUGUUUAUGAUUGAGAUAGCUGGCGUUAAAAUUUUAUACACUGGCGAUUUUUCGCGUCAGGAAGACCGUCAUUUAAUGGCUGCGGAGAUUCCAACAGUUCACCCUGAUGUUCUAAUUACAGAAUCUACCUACGGUACCCACAUUCACGAAAAACGCGAAGAACGUGAAAGUCGUUUUACGAAUCUAGUUCACGAUAUUGUUAACAGAGGCGGUCGCUGUUUGAUCCCCGUUUUUGCAUUAGGACGGGCACAGGAGUUGCUUCUAAUUUUGGAUGAGUAUUGGAGCCAACAUCCAGAUUUACACGAUAUUCCCAUCUAUUAUGCUUCCUCAUUGGCUAAGAAAUGUAUGGCUGUGUACCAGACUUACAUCAACGCCAUGAACGACAAAAUUAAGCGACAAAUCGCAAUAAACAACCCGUUCGUGUUCAAGCACAUCUCGAAUUUGAAGGGCAUCGACCAUUUCGAGGACAUUGGCCCUUGCGUGAUCAUGGCCUCCCCCGGCAUGUUGCAAAACGGGCUUUCCCGUGAACUGUUCGAAUCCUGGUGCACUGACGCUAAAAACGGUGUCAUAAUUGCCGGUUAUUGCGUUGAGGGAACGCCCGCAAAAACAAUCCUUUCCGAACCCGAAGAAAUCACAACGAUGGUUGGGCAAAAACUGCCGUUGAAAAUGUCAGUCGAUUACAUUUCCUUCUCUGCUCACACCGAUUACCAACAAACGAGCGAAUUUAUCCGAAUUCUCAAACCGCCACACGUUGUUUUGGUGCACGGGGAGCAGAAUGAAAUGAAUCGGCUUAAAGCCGCCCUGCAGAGGGAGUACGAGGAUGAUCCCAACACCACAAUACACUUGCACACUCCCAGAAAUACGCACGCUGUUGAGCUGUAUUUCAGGGGAGAGAAGACGGCCAAAGUUAUGGGGAGUUUAGCGGUGGAGAAACCUAAGCCUGGAAAUGUGCUUUCGGGGGUUUUGGUCAAGAGGAAUUUUAAUUAUCAUUUGCUGGCGGCUAACGACUUGCCAAAGUACACUGACAUGAGUAUGAGCCAAAUUAUGCAAAGACAGAGCAUUCACUAUUCGGGGAAUGUGGGCGUUUUGCGGCACUUGUUGACCCAAGUGGCGGGUUUGCUCGAACCCGUAGAAGGGGACAAAAAGACAAGGGCCUUUAAUGCUAUUGAUAUUACAAUAGAAAAUAAAAUUGUGACGCUAGAAUGGGUUGCCAACCCUGUUAACGAUAUGUAUGCCGAUGCUAUAGUGGCAGCGAUACUUCAGGCCGAUUUGUUGGACACUCCGAUUAAAAACUUAUCAACUAGUGUGAAAGUGGACCGGAUGCACUUUAAAGAAUGUUUAAUUGAAAUGUUGCAAGACAUGUUUGGGGAAGAUUCAGUCCCGAAAAUGUUCAAAGGGGAGAAAUUGUACGUUACAGUGAACGACAAAAAGGCCGAUAUUGAUUUAUCCACUCUGGAAGUGACGUGUCCCGAAGAUGAGACUUUUAGGCAAAUUGUGGAAACGGCCGUGUCCAAGUUGUAUCAGUCAUUAGCACCACCACAAAUAUAAUUGUAAUUAAUUUGUUUAAUAAAUAAAUUUUAUAAUAAGCAAA